UUUGGGCUGGCCAAACUGCUUAAGGAAGCGUUCUUUCUUUCGAUUCCCUUACAAGCUGGAGAAAACAAAGACACGUUAACAUGAAGAAGUAACUGUUUUGGUUCGAUCUGCCGAGCAAUCGAACCAGAAUUUGUUACUGCACGUUCCGAAGCGGCCAUCUGCUUGGGAAGGUUGCCUCUGUCACUUAAAUCGCAAGCUGUUAGUAAUCAAGGAGCUUUGGUGGAAAGCUGAAUCAUCGAGUCCAGCUUAAAACUAACGCAGAGGCUGGAGGAUGACUGCACCUACUGAAUUACAAACCGGUCCGAUGAUGGAGAAUAAGUUUGGGAAAACAGGCCACAUAGCUAACAUUACCAGCAAGCUUAAACAUCUUUAUAGUCAAGCUACGGGAUUUUCGCUCUCAAGAAAAGCCAAGGCUGAGACAAACGGUGUGAAAAAGAGACCACGGACAGAAACCAAAACCAAAGCUAUGCAGAGAAAUCAGAAACUUCAACCACAUUUGGCUAGCGCUGCAUCAGAUACAGUCCAGCGAUUAACCCACAUAAGGGUUCCUUCGCAGUUCUCGGACAAUGCUGUUCGGGUACUCGACGAAGCCAUUUUGUGCCACGAAGGUGACAACAUUGUUGGUGCCCGGAGAAAUUUAACAAAUCUUUUCCGAGUAUUGGUAAUAAACAAGGCGGAAUGUUUUGACUUUCCGUCAAAGUAUGGCUUGGAGGUCCUACAUCGAGGAAGACAAAACUUUCUUGAGAAGGGCGUGAGUUGCUCGAUAAAACACGGGACUUUACUUUUAGACUCAAGUACGAGAGGAGCGCAGUUUUACUCUGGAUUACUAAACGUCAUGGGAGCAUUUGCAUUGCUGAUUUCCGAAUUUGAAAUUGCCAGAGGAACUUUUGACCGGCUGAUCGAUCUGCAUCACCAGUCAAAUACAACUAGUCGUUCACAUGACCUUUCUGCUGCCUACAACAACAAGGGGUGUGUUCACCUCAUCAUGGGCGAUUUGCUCGAUGCACAAAAAGCGUUUGAAACUUCUCAAAGGGGCCUUCGUAACUCGAACGGGUCGUCAAAUGUUACAGAAGUUUUCGCCGUAAAGAGCAACAUGAGCCGGCUAAAUCUGGUUUUCAGAAAGUAUCGUCAAGCCCUUGAGCAACAGGAGAUAUUAGUUGAGAGUUGCAAAGCUACAGAAAUGAAGGAUAUACCAUAUCCAUUUGAGGCAGUAUUCACGGUAAUGAAUAAUCAAGCAGUAUUGCAUACUAUUCUGGGCAAUUUUAACCAAGCAGAACAAGCGUUGUGGUGGUUGAUAUCUUAUUGCAAAGAAAUGAAUAGAGAGGAUUCUGUGUAUCUUGUCACCUUCAUUCGCUUGCAUCUGUCUGAAGUACUGCUCCUUCACGGAAAAUUCAAAGAGGCUGAUGAAGUAUUCAGUAUUGAGAACUUGAAUUCACUCGAUGACAUUGUGAACAGGUUUGGAAACCUUUACAUGAAUGUAAGAAUCGAGGCACUUGAGAAGUUACUAGAGCUCUACAUCCGUAGAGGAAAAGUCAAAGCUGCCCUUGGGCUCUUGCAAACGACUGUGAAAAUCCUGAAAACUGUUUUUGGACCCGACCAUUUUAAUAUUGCUUCCUUGUUGUACAAACAAGGUACGAUUUUGAGUCUCGCGGGGGAUUUUUCCAGCGCCACGGAAAAGUUCAAAAGUUCUGUUGAAAUCUUGGGAAAAAUAUUUGGCUUUAAGAAUUUUCUCCUCCUUAAGUGCUACAUGUCUCUUGGUGAUAUGACAUCGAGAAUGAAUCAAGAAGAAGAGUCCUACCUUUACUUUCAAAGAGCCACUGAGAACAUAGAGGCCAUCUACCAAGUGUCAUUUGUGAAUGAGUUGUCAGUGAAGUACACAGAAAUCACCCAAGGUUUCAAAACCUUUCAAAGACAGAGUGUGUUUGAUGAUAGAAUUGAAGGUCUUGUCGCAGAGUACGGGCAAGGAAUGGCCUUUUUGUUAAACCACUUCAGCAAUGGUCAAUUAAGAAAAUUCAGAGCUGAUCGAAAACCUGUCACUGUGAAGAAAAUGGGUGAUCAGUAUUCCGAGUCGAUGUCGAUGGUCUCUUUCAAAUACUCAUCCGAUUUCAUUAAGACUGGGCUAAAGCUUUUCCGUCUUGGAAUGAUAAAGGAAGCUGCCUUUUUUUUCCAAUACGCAGAGUUGCAUUGCGGCGUACGUGUAUUCAAAGGUUACUUGGGUGUUGCCCGCCUACACAGCAUAUUCCUGAAGGAAAAAUUUAGAUGUCAAGGGACACUAAAGCAUGACCAUCGUUUUAGAAACUUUUUGGAAGACCUAAGCAGCGUCAUAGAAGCAAGCGGUGCUCAGAGUAUCGUCGAAAGAAUUGAUGGAGUUGCGACAACGAUAGAGUUUGACUAUCAGCGAAACCUGAGGCCUGUGUUGAUUUUACUUCUUUUGUUCUCUAUAGAACUGAAAAUGUUUGAAACGACUUUUGUAGCGUACGAUUUAUAUUCAAAACUUUUUCAAAACGAGGGCAGUUUUCCAUACUUUCUUCUUGAUGGAAUUCAAGUGUAUGCCUCAAAAUCCAUAAUCACCUGUAAUGGAGAGACUGCUGUUCAAGACAUCCUUAUUUCCUCUCAAAUUGGCCCGAAAGAGAGUGACGCGGAAAACGCUUCUAUUGACACGCCGUUAUUUCAAAGUUUGGCUUACAAGGAGAAUACAACCGAAAAUGCUUUCUUGGUUGCU